UCAAAUUCAAUAACGCUGAAUCACAUUGGAGACAGACGGAAAUCGCAUGCCGGGGAAAUAAUAGACAAUUCUGCUUUGUUCCUUCAGGAUUUCGUGAACGUUUUAAGUGUGUUAUAGAUACAUAAUAAAACGAUGUUGUAGCCGUUCUUAUAAAGCCCCACAGGGCUGUUAUUGCUUAUUUUUUGAAGUUGUUGUAAAGCUGGGACUCUCUUUGUGAGUUAUUUUUAGACUAUUCGUAAUCCAAGGGAAGUAAUUUCCGGUUAAUAUUGAAACCGAAAGUAGAGCCAUGCUGAAACAAUAUUUCACCGACGGUCUCAUCCAAAUAGCGAUUGUUCUAAGUCUCUUGAGGACUGACUUAAACAAUUAUUUGAAUGUUAAUUAUGUGAACUACCCGGAAGUUCAAGAAAUAUUACAAGGACAGACCGCUGCCUACACACAAACAAGUUUUCAUCUUUUACAAGAUGCCCAUCUGGGCUCUCCAGAAAUUUACAGGAAAGAUAUCGAUGCUAAUAACAUUUUUGGGACUUCAUUUUACAGAGACAUUAGAUCUUUUCGUCCCAAUCCACACCAACUUAAUGAAAUAAACAUUCCCACGUUUUUGUUGGUCUCGGAAAAUGCUAAUUUUGUUGCCCAUGAGGCAGAGCCACAAAAUGAUGAACAUGAUGAUGAAAACAACAACAGUCUGCCACCAGAGUCUCAGACUCAGACCAUAGAUGAAUUACAGGAAGAAGGAGUAAAUUUGCUUUCAGUGUUAGAGGAGAAUAUAAAUAGUCUUACACCAUUACUCCAAACCUUACAAGGAACGGACCCUACCAGAGAGGAUCUGGAUCUGAUAGAGGUGCUAUGGCGACAGGACAUUGAUCUUGGAAUCGGUAAAGAGGUCUUUGACCCUAAUCUGCGUCGAGAACUUGAGCGGGACAGAGAGAUUGAACUGCAGAAAGACAGGCAGAAGCAAAAAGAUGAGGACUUGCUGCAAAAGAAGCUUGAAGAGCAGCGACAUAAUGAGCAACAACAAUGGCUCCAUGACAACUUCACCCAGGAUGGGGAGACAGGAGAGUGGGUGCCCCUGUCGGGUUCUCGGGUGGCUCCCCCUUCCUCACAGGCGGAACUCACAGUUCUACCCCAAGAACAGUUUGUAUCGAGUUUUGAUACAAUUCCUCCGAUGAUGGGGGAUGGGAUGGCCCAGGAGCCACAGAGGAACUACAGCGUCAUGCCCAGCCACCCCCCUCCAAGCUACGCCACCCAGCAACAGGGCAUGUACAAUGGCACGAUGGCCCCUCCUGCCUACAACCAAUCGAUGGGCUCCGGGCCCCACAGUGGCCCUGUGGGGCGGUUCCCCCAGCAGUCGGUGGCCCCUCAGCGCCCCUGCCCCCAGGUGAUGCAGCCUUACACUGGCGCCCAACCAUCAGUUCACCCAGCUUAUAAUGCUACGGGCUCAUACAGCAACCACCAACAUAAUUACACACACCCACAGAACAUAUCACAGCAACAUCUUGUUCAGCACCAGCAUCAUCAACUGCAGCAACAGCAGCAGCAGCGACAACAGCAGCAGCAGGUAGCGGCAGUACAGGGAGGUAGACAGAACAAUCUCGAAGCGACAUGGCAGGACCUGGUCACUCUACUGGACCUUCCACAGAACAACCGGUCAAUGGUCGGUCAAGAUGAGAUGGCCAAUAUGACCAUGCCCGGUCACCCCCACUCUGGAGUCAUGCCUGUCAACACCAGCUCUAUGCUCAUACAGAAUGCUUCAAUGCCAACCCCUGCACCCAUGAACGGCAAUAUCACAUUUAACAACUCCGGAAGGGUGUCUGGAUGUCACCGAUCCCCUCCCCACAGUUCUGGCAUGUUGUCACCAUGCAGCAGCGAGGGCUUUAAUUCGAGCAUGCCUGGGAGUGGCUGCAUGGCACCCCUGGAGAUUGACACCCCUGGCGACUCCUUCUUCCCCAACAUUUCCUCUGUGCUCAGCUCUGAUAACCCAGGGGGGCUCGAUAAUGUUGAUGAUUACCUCCCUGACCUUAUGGAAGAUGAGGAACUGGAGGAUAUCAACUUCUCAGAGAUGGGGCUUGAUGAUGGAGCUAUGACACCUAAGCCAUCUGGCAGCAGGGGGGAUGUUGACAGCAGCGACUCUGCAGUGUCGAUGGGAAGUGCUGGCUCUCCUGAUCAGAAUGACUUCAGUGAUGGCGCCAUUUCUCCAUUUGACGGUCUGGAAGGUGCUACAGGAGGUCAUGAUUCCAGCUCAACUUUUCCCAAAACUUCAAAAUACGACCCUGAUGACUACAAGUACGGGAACUCGUGCAGCUACAGCAGCGGUGGUGACAGUAACUGCUCGUCUAACUUUAGCUCAGCGUCCAAUGAUACGGGCCGUGGCGGUCACUUUGGCCAAAGUAAUGGGCAUAGUGGCUACCAUCAGUCCAACAACGGUCACAUCAAUCAUAAUCAUUCAUACCCUCUUAAACCAGGCCAGGAGCCUAAAGACUAUUCUAAGAAAGGCUUGAUGAAGGAAGGUAAGCAUAAAGGACCACAGUCAAAGGACAAUAAGCGAGUGGCUGAGCUCAGUAUUCCUUACACUGUGGAUGAAAUUGUGAACACGCCGGUAGAGGAGUUUAACGAAAUGAUGACAAGGCACAAGUUCAAUGACCAACAGCUUCAACUGAUAAGGGACAUUCGAAGGAGGGGUAAAAACAAGGUGGCGGCGCAAAAUUGCCGUAAAAGGAAGAUAGGGGUGCUCGAGCAUUUAGAGGAUGAAAUGACGACGCUGGAAAAAAUGAGAGACAAAUUGCAGCGAGAGAGGCAGUUUAUGGACAAACAAACGAGGGAAAUGAAAGAAAAGUUGGGACUUAUGUACUCUGAAAUAUUUCAUUCACUUCGAGAUGAGCAUGGAAACCCCUACGACCCUUCACGAUUCUCCCUCCAACAGUCCAGUGAUGGAGACGUGUUUUUAGUGCCCAGAAACUAUACAUCAGAGGAAGACCCAAACAAACGGAAACGAAGUGAACAAAAAUGAUCCAUGAAGAAACAUCAGGCAUUUAGUGAUAAAAACUGUGAUCUGGGUUGAGUGCUAAUCCUAAAUUCAUUUCGGAACAAAAUGUACACUACUCUCAUAUUUUUUGUACGAAUACAAGUUUUUGGUUACAAUCAAAGUACAUUAGUUUGUCAUGACAUUGUAAAAUAGCUUAUCAAUGUAUUCUCUGCUAACUAUUAAUGCUAGCCUAUGAACAUGUAUAUCAUUGAUUAUUCAUCUAUUAUGAGAAAAAAGUAGUUUUUAGCUGUUUUGUCUGAAAAGGAAUAGAAAUGCUAGAAAAGGCAGAAGUGCUAAGCAUAUCUGUAAGUGCUAUUUUAGUGAAAGGAUUGCAUAGAAUGCUGUUCUGAUUUGAUUUUUCAGUAUGUUACAGACCAUUUGAGAAUACAAUAUUCUGUUAUUUUUCUCUGGUUGUAUUUAUUUGAGCCCUGUUUGUAACAAGAGAUAGAUGUGAACAAUCUCACCAUUCUACAUGUAUACUAGUGGAAUGAAGAAACCAUGCACAGUAAAAUUUACCAGUUCUUAAAUAACCAAGAAGCAGCAAUUUUUAAAAAUUCUUCUGUCUGAAUUAUAAAAUACUUUUAGGAAGUUCCUCCCUGUAGCACAGUAAUAACUUGAGGUAUAGGUACUGAAAUCACUGAAAGCCUUGGCAUUAUUUAAGACAAUUCUUGUACUAUGCAUAGUUUCUUUUUCCCUUAGUAGUUUUUUUUACUCUUCUACAUAUCAAAAGGUGAUGAUUAUUCAUAAAAAAACAGAGGGAGGCUUGAAGCAUAUGUAUGAUUCUUAUUGUGUUUUUUUUGUGUUUUCAUGUUAUCAUUUUUUUAUUUUCUUCAUUAACUGGUUCUAUUCUUGUUUGAGAUUGUGUACUGAAAACUUCCAUCCUCAUCAUAGUAAUUUAUUCUUUGUUUACUCGUAACUGCAAUUAAAACAGUUUUUAACAGAUUGACUAUUUACAAAUUUCAAACUGCAUCAAAUCAUUGUUUUCUUAUGUGAAGCGUGUAUGCCAUAAAAAAAUAUGCUUUCACAGUAUACAGUGAAGUAUACAGUGAUUCAUUUUGAAAUAUGCUUCGAGUACGUUCUUUGGGAGUCACAUUUUUCACAACAAUCAGUAAUCAAGCAUUACUUUGGGCACAUUUUACUAAAGAACAGUGCAUUGUUCGGUGCAUCAUCAUGUUGCACAUAUUUAGGAAUAAUCGAUCCUCAUGCAAGACUCUAAAAGCCCAGCAAGAUGAAUCGCUAUUAUUUUCUUGUUUUUAGUUAAGUGUGAAUUUAUUAUGGAAAAAUGUUAACAAAAGAUUGAUUAGACAUCUAAAUGUGGUUUAUGUCUGUUACACAUUGUUGCCGCUCAAUUUGUUUUUCUCUAUGAAAUCAUAGCUGUAGUUUGGAAUCUCAUUGUUAUCACUGUCAUCUGCUGGUUGCCAUGGUUAUCAUUGUCAAUAGAACGCUGUCCCGUCUCUCAUGUUGUGCUCACGCAAAAAAUUCAAACAUUCCAAUUUUGUCGUCACAGAUUUGUUAAGCCAUUUAUUCAUUGAAUACAGCUCUGUUCUGUGUUUUUGCCAAAUAGGUUUCUUUUCUUAAGUUUUAACUCACAAUUUUCCAUGCUUAAGUUGACAAGCAUGCUUAAGGAACAACAUUAUUUUCAUAACAAAUGACUAAUUUUCGUUCUCUCUGUAAGUUAAGUUAUAUCAUACAUUGGUCUUAUUUAAAAACAUGUAGUGUAUUGUAUGUUUAAAACUAUGUCAUAUUGUUUAAUGUACUUAUUUAGGCUGCAUUUGUUUUGAGCUUGUCCUGCAUUUUGCAGCAUUUCUUUUCAUGUGUUUGUGCAUAAUAUAUUUGACUGUUGAAUAUCUCAGCAAGUCCUUACACCCAUGACUCACAGAUCCCUCGGUAUUAAUGGCCGUAGGCAGGGAAAUAUUGAGUCAAAUUUGUGGUUUGUCGCUCUGACAAAUAUGAACUUAAUAGAGAAUGUAAACAUUUCUAGUGGUAAUCUUAAUUCAGACAGGGAUCGCCUUGAAUUACAAACUGUGAAAAUAGGUUUCCUCUUAUCAGCUGCAGCGAUCAUUUAAAAACACUUGCCACAUUGUGCAUUUAGGACAUGACUCAAUGUCUGGGAAGAUAAAAUGUACCGAUAAAUCAUGUUUAAACCCAUUUAAGUUACAUAAUAGUGAAAUCCAUACAAGGAAAAUUCCCCCAAUAUGCACAGGUAUCUUGUUUUAGAUUUUCCUAUUAAUUGCCCCCAUUCACAUCCUACCUACAACAUUUCUUCUUUUGUCUUUUUUUGGGUUAUCCAAAGUUUUGAGUUUCCACAAGAAUAUUCCCCAGGUAUAUCAUAUACGGUGCAAUAACAUUAAAUAAGAAAACUAAUGUUCUCAUAUCAGGAUUACCAUAAUUGUGCAAAAUCCGGUUUCAAGUUUCUUUGGAAAAAAUGACACAUUUUGAAUUAAUUAUCUCGGUUCAAGUAAUUUAAGAAAUAGAUGCAACUUGAAACAAACAAAAAAACAUACAGGGUAACAUGAAGAUCCUAACAAUCUUACUUACAUUAAGUACCAUAGCUGACAUGCAUUAUACUUUAUUAUAAAAUGUAGCUUUUUGUUAUUUUCUAUUUGUGCUAUAUUUUUUACUUCUUUCCUUGUAUGGUUGGUUUUGUGAACAUGUGUAUUACAAAACAUUGUUUUGCUUGAUAAGUGAAGUUGGAUGGAAGGUUGACCUCGGAUUUCUUAAAUUUGUUGUCUAUGGGUCAUUUAACAUCAUUUCUCUGAGGCUGAAUAACCACUAUUACAGAUGAAUGAAUAUUUUAGCAAAAAGCUAUUUCGCUAAAAAUCAAAUCCUUUUCAUCUUUAUCCAGAGUUUUGCUCUUGAUUGAAGUUUCAAGCAUUAUACUUUCUUUUUGCCUAAAUGGUGGAGUUGUCAUACCUUCAUUUAGAACAGCGGAAAUUGCAAUAUAUUUUGUUGAAAGUUAUAUGUAUAUGAUGCACAUUUGAUGAAUUUGUUGAUGUUUUGUUGAUAUGUGAUGAAAAUUAAUUAUGAAAUAAAUAUGAAACUGAA